CCCACCUCACCCGGAAGUGCUUGCCCGCACGCGUGUCAGGCUUGCGCCCCGGCAUGGCGCAGCACAGCGGUCGGGUCUGCCCUGACCCGGGCCCGCCGCCCGCGGAGUCGGUCCCCGCCUCAGUGACCCUGGCGCAGCUCCUGCAGCUGGUCCAGGAGGGUCGGGAGCUCCCGGGCCUGGAGAGGCGCUGCAUCACGGCGACCCACGGCGAACCCACGGCGCCCCGGCUCCCGCGGAGGCCCAAGCCCUGGGAGGCCUCGGGGUCGGCUGAGGCCCCCGCGCUGCCGCCGUAGCCCCAGGAACCCAGAUCCCGUCGACCUCGGGUCCGGGUAGAAGAACGCCUGGAGGGGCCCGGCUCGGCGGAGUCAACGACUGCGCCUUCCUGAUGGCACGUAGUGGGUUCCUGAGGCUCGUAGUCCUUUGCCUUUUAGACCUGGAGAGCGUGACUCUGUCCUGCAUAAAUUCGGACCUUGGAUGCUGGCCACGGUUAUUUAUCUUUUAUGCAUUCGCCCCCGACCUGUCUCAGCUGAACUUAAGCCUCCUGGGAGAGUCAUUGGAGUUGUCUUGUAUCCGAGUAUUUCUGGACCAAGAUCCUCAUUUUAAAAAUCCGGUUUCGGCCCUUA